UUGAUCUUUGUUUAUUUGGUUUUAAGCAACACAUUUUAAAAUGAAGUCUCGUAAAUGGAAACCAGUACCAGUUGAUGCCAGCCUAAUGUGUUCUGAAGAAUUUCAAGAUUUUGGUGGCAUAGAAGAGCUUGAUAAUUAUGAAAUAAUUACUAAAGAUACUCUCAGGUCAACAUCAAAGAGAAAAGCUAAAGCUGAAAUUAAGAAAAUAAGAAAGAAACAGAAAGUUGCUCAUAAAGAAGAAUUAUUUGAGUAUAACGAACAAAACCAGAAUUUAGAUAUGUCAGCAUGGUGCAAUUGUUAUGUACCAGAUCCAGUAUUGUAUGCAUUAAGAGAUUUGGGAUUCCACAAACCUACUGAAAUUCAAGAACGUGUUAUUCCAUGUGCAAUUAGAGACCAUCAAGACAUUUUAGGAGCUGCUGAAACAGGAAGUGGCAAAACGCUGGCUUUUGGUAUACCUGUUGUGAGUGGUAUUUUAUCUUUUAAAGAAAAUGCAAAAAAUUGUGAAGCUGAUUCUGAGUCCCAUGCUUUGCAUUGUUUAGUGCUAACUCCAACAAGAGAGCUAGCUAUUCAAAUUAAGAAACAUUUACAAGCUAUCUGCAAGUACACCAAUAUUAAAGUAGCAUCUGUAGUUGGUGGAUUGGCUCCUGAAAAACAAAGGAGAAUAUUAAAAAAAAGUCCAGAUAUAAUUGUUGCUACCCCUGGUAGAUUAUGGGAGAUGAUGGAAGAAGAUGAAUCACAUUUAAGCCACCUUUCAAGUGUGAGAUAUUUAGUCAUAGAUGAAGCUGACAGAAUGGUAGAAAAAGGACAUUUUGCUGAACUUACACAGAUUAUAGCGAUUAUUAAUGGAAACAAAAAUAACAAGAAAAGACAAACAUUUGUCUUUUCUGCGACUUUGACACUUGUUCAUGAUGUCCCUAAACGUCUAGUUCUGAAAAAUAAAAAGGGUAAACUAAAAAAGAAUAAGUUAGAUUCUUUAAUUAGUGUAAUUGGAAUGAAAGAUGGUCAUAAGGUUAUCGACAUUACAAAGAAGACUGCCAUGGUGGACACUCUUGUUGAAUCUCAGAUAAUGUGUAGCACUGAAGAGAAGGACCUGUAUUUAUAUUAUUUCCUUUUAAUGUACCCUGGAAGAACUCUAAUCUUUUGCAACAGCAUUGAUUCAGUGCGGCGCUUGAGGACUGUCCUUGAAUAUUUAGAUUGCAAUCCUUAUCCCCUGCAUUCUUCUAUGCAUCAACGACAAAGGUUAAAAAAUCUUGAGAGAUUUGCUGCAAGUUCUACAGCAGUUUUGCUUGCAACCGAUGUUGCGGCUAGAGGGCUGGACAUUAAGGGAAUUGAGCAUGUUAUUCAUUUUCAAGUGCCACGUACUGCAGAAACUUAUGUUCAUCGGAGUGGAAGAACUGCUAGAGCUCAAAGUGAAGGAUUAAGUUUGAUGUUAAUAGAACCUCAAGAUGCAGUUUACUAUAAAAGAAUCUGUAAAACAUUAAAUAAAGACAAGGCUUUACCACAGUUUCCUGUUGAUCAUAGCAUCUUAAAGGCAGUCAGAGACAGAAUAACCCUUGUGCAUGCUAUAGAUAAAUUAGAACACAGAAUGAAGAGACUUACUGCUCAGAAUAGAUGGUUCAUGAAUGCUGCGAAGGAAAUGGAUAUAGACAUUGAUGAAGAGAAUCUAUUGAAUGAUCUCGGUGAUGAAAGAGAGUGUGCUGCCAAGUGUCGCCAAAUUAAAGGAAUGAAGAAACAGCUGAAAUUAUUACUCAGCAAAUCUAUCAUUCCUAAAAUGUUCACUGGAUCAUAUCCAACAAAAACUGGAAAGCUGAUUUCUCUACCAAAUUUUGGUGUUCCUCAUCUCCAACACUUGCUAAUAUGCAUACUUCAGCUUCUAAUCUAAUAUACUAAGGACUAAGCAAAAACCCAGUGUUUACUGCAAAAUAUAUUGCAUGUAAUGUCUAUCUUGUUAUGUUAUAUCUGUUAAUUAAGAAAAUAUAAAUGCAGCAAUUUUCAUGACUUGAACCUCCCCAAAAAGUCAAGAUAAAUUAAGCUAUUAUUGUUUAAAUUUUUGAGAAAUCGGAAAGGUAAAUAACUUUGUGAAAUAAUGUAGUGAAACAUAAAUUAAUUUUUACUAAAUUUGUAAAAUUAUACUUCUGUUUCAUAAUGAAAUUGUUUGAAAAUGUUGUAUGUAUAUGUAACAUGGGAAUAUUCAGAGUUAUCUAAAACUAUAUCAGAUUUUUUACACUUCUGUAGUUUUCAGGACUUUUUUAAUGAGGUCCCAAUCACCCCUGAUUAAAUUGAUUUUAUUUUAUAUGUGUUCUAUUUCAUGUACAUUUUUGUUUUAUUAGUCCUUGAAUUUUUCUCUGUAUGAUGGCAAUAUGUUAAGGACUAAGCAAAAAGCCAGUUUUUAAUGAAAAAUGUCUUUCAUAUAAUGAAUAUCUUGUCAUAUUAUGUCUGUUAAUAAAGAACAUUUUUCUUU